UGAUUAAUUUUGGACGAUAGCCUUACAGUCCAACAGGAAUGGCUGUUCAGAAUGGUGGACUCUUCGGCCACAUCAGGCACCGGUAUCAUAAUAGGAACGACAUAUUUCUUCGGAGACUAUGAUGAGUGUCUGGGGGUUCCAGAGGGUGUGACUGACUGUCCAGAGCGGAGGGAGAGACUGAGGGAUCAGUUCUAUUAUCUCCUCUAUCAUACCCCUAACUCCGUAUCGUUU